UUGAUCCAAACACACUAUCUGUAAUAGAACAGAUGUUAUGAACUUACUCGAACAAGUCCCACACAGAUUUUGAGUGUCAAGCCAAAAAAUGGAAGUUUCAAGACAAGAUGAAAUACAAGACUUAUCGCUCUCCCCUCCAUCUCCGGGGUCUAUGCAAAUUGCAGCUAGAAAUGGCUUUGGCCAUAAUAUAGAUUACAUGUCACAAGCCUACCUCAGAAACAGAAGCUGCUCACAGAUUGAUAUAGAACUAGAUGACAGCUCAAAUGCCAUUAAAGACCGUCCCCUUCCCAUAUAUCUUAAGUUUCAUGAUGUGGAAUACAAGGUGAAAAUAAGUAAAGCUGCAUCUGCCAACCCUUUGAAGGCCGUCGUGACCAAAGUAGCGUCACAAAUUAAUCAUGACAAUUACAAGCAGAUACUGAAGGGUAUAACAGGGAGCGUUGGCCCUGGCCAGAUCCUUGCUUUAAUGGGUCCUUCUGGUAGUGGGAAAACUACAAUGUUAAAGGUAAUAGGAGGGAGAUUGCAAAAGAAUAUUAAAGGAACAAUCACUUACAAUGACAUUCCUUACAGUCCAGCUCUUAAAAGGAGGAUUGGUUUUGUUACACAAGAUGAUAUUCUGUUGUCACAAUUAACAGUAGAAGAAACUUUAGUAUUUGCUGCAUACUUGAGACUUCCAGGUAGCAUGACUAGAAGGCAGAAAUAUGAAAGAGUGGAAACAAUCAUCAAGGAAUUGGGCCUUGAAAGAUGUCGAAGCACACGCAUAGGAGGAGGAUUUAUUAAAGGAAUCUCAGGGGGAGAAAGGAAAAGAACUAGUAUCGGUUAUGAAAUUCUGGUUGAUCCAUCAUUACUAUUGCUUGACGAACCAACUUCAGGCCUUGAUUCGACCUCGGCAAACAAGCUCCUCCUUAUCCUUCAAGAUGUUGCUAAGGCAGGAAGAACAAUAAUCACAACAAUACACCAGCCUUCGAGCAGAAUGUUUUACAUGUUCAAUAGGGUUCUUCUGUUAUCAGAAGGUUAUCCUGUGUAUUAUGGAAAUGCCAAAGACUCGAUGGAUUAUUUCUCCUCCUUGCAUUUUACACCUGAAAUUGCUAUGAAUCCUGCAGAAUUCUUAUUGAAUUUAGCCACUGGUCAGAUAAAUGACAUUACUGUUCCUGAUGAUUUGCGUUCGAUUCAGGACACACCUGAAUAUGAGAAGGUUGUACUCAAGCAUCUACGACAAAAGUAUAAAACAGAACUGGAGCCAAAAGAGAAAGAAGCAAAUCAUAUGACAACGAAGACAUUGGAGCAUCUCCAAGUAGCUAUCCAAUUAAAGAAAGACUGGACAAUGACUUGGUGGGAACAGUUCCUAAUUUUGAGUGAGAGAACAUAUAAAGCAAGAUAUAGAGAUUAUUUUGACGUGUUAAGACUAGCUCAAGCACUAGGAGUUGCAGUCUUGUUAGGCCUUCUGUGGUGGAAAUCUAGCACCCAUACAGAAGCUCAGCUCAGAGAUCAGAUUGGUUUGAUGUUCUACAUUUGUAUUUUCUGGACAUCAUCAUCAUUAUUCGGAGCGGUGUAUGUUUUCCCAUUUGAGAAAGUGUUUUUGGUGAAAGAAAGGAAAGCGGACAUGUACAGAUUGAGCGUGUACUAUGCUUGUAGUACAAUGUGUGACAUGAUAGCCCAUGUUCUUUAUCCAACACUUUUUAUGACCAUUUUGUAUUUCAUGGCUGGAUUUAAUCAAACUGCAGAAUGCUACUUUAUGACAUUGGCUGCAGUCUUAUUAGUAGCUAUUACAAGCCAAGGAGCUGGAGAAUUAUUUGGAGCUAUAGUAAUGAGUAUUAGAAGAGCUGGAAUGAUUGCUUCUUUACUACUUAUGUUGUUUCUUCUCACAGGGGGUUACUAUGUCCAGCAUAUACCAAGAUUUAUGCGGUGGUUAAAAUAUGUAUCGUUUAUGUACCAUGGAUUUAGGCUGCUGUUGAAGGUGCAAUAUUCCGGUGACCAAUUAUACGAGUGUGAUAGUAUUGGAGGAUGCAGGACAUUGCAGAGUUCGCCUUCAUUCGACACUGUCAACUUAAAAGGCGGGUUACAAGAAGUUUGGAUUUUGCUGGCUAUGUCACUAGUUUAUCGAUUCUUGGCUUACGUUUGUCUUCGUCGAAAGAUUAACAACUGCGAAUUAUGAAUAAUGUAUCAUUCUAGCAGUGACUGAAACCUUCUCGUAUAGCAUAGAUAUAUUAACAUUUGAAAAACAGCAGCACAAUCAGCAUUUCAAUCUAAAGUAUCGUAGGUUUGUUAAUAAAACAAAUAGAUUUCACCCUUG